AAUUGCAAUAGUACCGAAAAGUUUACGUUAAAGUGAUAGUUCCUGUUGAGUUUUUGAGUUGAAGUUUUUGUCAUCGAAAACAUCAUCAUGAGUUUUUACCAUUCCAAAGAGAAAAUUUCUCAGUUGGCUGAGACAGAGUCGAGCAAUGAUGAGAAAAAGAAAACGUACGUUUUCUGGAAUGAAGGACAUACUUUAGGAAAUGCUCUGAAAUUAGUCAUGGCAAAUGAUCCUAAGAUCAACUUUUGUGGUUAUACAGUGCCUCACCCUUCAGAAUCUAAGAUGCAUUUUCGUAUUCAGAUGAAUGAAGGUCGAGCUGUUGAUGCCCUCAGAAAAGGAUUGGAGGAUGUAGUGAAGAUGUGUGACCAUAUGUUGACAACUUUUGAUAAUGAGAUGGAGUCCUACACAAAUAAUAGCUCACAAAGGUGAAUCUGUAUCAUAUUGGAAUGUAUAAAUUUUUGUAAAAUAAAGUAAGUUUAAGUUUUAUACCAAAGAAGA